AUGAGAAGUUCAACCGAGAUGGCGGUCUCGUGUGUAAUUGUGUUUGCUCUUUUAAACUAUGUGACAGCUACACCACAUGAUUAUGCAAAAACCGGAGCUAUAGCAAAAGCUGAAGCACAAGCUGUCGCCGGAGGUUAUGGUUCGCUACCAGUAAUCCCUUUAAGUAUACCAAGUGGUGCUGGAUAUUCGGGAAGCUUCUCUAAAUCUUCGUCAUCCAGCUACGCUGCAUCCAGUGCAAGUGCAAGUUCAAGCUCAAGUUCCUAUAGUUUUAGCAGUAAUAACGGCAUAUCUGGUAUUGGGUGUAAUACUGGUACAUGUAAAGGCAGUGAAAGUAGCAUACCAUCAUCAAUUAACGCACCUCCUAAUGGGCAAAUAACAUUUACACAUGAAAGUAGCGAAGCACAGGCAGCUGCUGAAGCGAAAGCUGCGUCGCAAUCGUCAGCUUAUUUUAGUAGCGGCAGCAUAGCACCCUGUCAAUCAGGCAAUUGCUUUGGCCCUCAAAAUGUGUGA